AUGGCGAGUGUGAACAGAAGGCGCAAGCCGCACAGCAAAUCUCGAGGCGGCUGUUUACAAUGCAAGGAGCGACAUGCCAAGUGCAAUGAGGUCCACCCUCGAUGUCGUCAAUGUGAUCGGGCCAAUAUCCCAUGCAGCUUUUCAUCGUCAAGCCUGACAGCCGUACCUCUUAAUGAGGACAGUCUGGCCGAUCUUGAGCUGCUAGAACACUGGCACCGCCAUCCCAUUGUGGGCGACCAUACAAACACAGCACGGCGAUUGUUUUCCGACUUCGUGCGGUUAGGCUUCUCUCAUCACUAUGUACUGAACAGCAUCCUUGGCCUCACGGCCCUGCACCUCUACAGUGAGGACAAGUCUCAGUCCAAGUGGUAUGCGAGGGCUGUCGCGCACCACCAGGCCGCAAUCAGUCGGGCGAAGCCGCAUUUCCAGUCCCUCCACGAAACAAAUUCUCAAGCCUUGCUAGGUUUUUCUGCAUUCAUGUCUAUGUACGCAGUGGCAGAGCCAUUUCUGCGGCCCUCCCGGGUACUCGCUCUGCAGACAACGAAGUUCGAUCCUCUGGAGGAGCUUCUGCGGGCUUACCAAUUCACCAGAAGUGCCACGGCAUUUGUGCGGCAGAACUUUAAUCCGGCUACAAUCUCGCAAUCGUGGCUUCUGACGACCUUUGAAGUCCGUUUCAGGUCAGAGCUGCUAGAUCUAGAAACGACCUUUCCACGGAUUCGGCCACUUCUAGCCUGCAUCGAGCGUCGGUCCGAAGGCAACCUAAGAGCUGCAUGCUUCUCCGCCAUUUCACAAAUUUCCCGCCGAAUCACAGCCCUCCUGGAUAGACCUGACGAUCCUGAAAUGCCCAAAAUCAUUUGGUCCUGGGGACUCGAAGCCAACCAAUUGUUUCUGGACAUGUGCUCAGCCCGGCAACCUGUGGCACUCGUUACCCUGGCCCACUUUACGAUUCUGAUGAGCUUGCACAGGGAUCAUUGGGGCCUCAGGGGCUGGCCUGAAGGUCUACUGAGACAUAUCAAGGGGCUUCUUGGAGACGAGUGGGAGUGUGCUGUACAAUGGCCUUGUGACGUGGUAUUUGGAUCGGAGGUAGUUUCGUUCGGGCCAGCGAUUGGUAAUCGCUUGGUUAUUGAGAUGUAGUAGUUAAAAUUCGGCUUGGGGGUGUGUUGAGGAGCGGGGGCUUGUUAACCAGUGAUUUACUUGCUGCUCUUGAGACUGCGGUCGAACACAGCCUCGGAACCGGGGCCGGGUCAAUCAAGGACCAUGCAUAUCAUACAGGACCCAUGUCACGCCUCUUUGUAACGUAU